AUGAGGCUAUCAUCGCAACCUACAAUCAUCUCAAUCUCGCUGGCCUUGAGCGUUCUUUUUAGUAAAGCUUUAGGCGAAAAAGAUCCAGAGAAUAGAAUACUCAUCGGCUAUCGAUUAGCUUCCCCAGAAGAAGCCGAGCUUAUCAAUACCCAUAAUAGGCCUGUCCAAACUGAAUUUUUCAAUCACCCACUUAAUUUUCCCAAUGAUAUAGGACCAGGCUAUUAUCUCGUAAGCGAACCUGCUGCCCUCGAAGCUACGUCUGGCGAAUGGUAUUGUGUUGUCAAAGCGGAUAAAUACGAUAUGGCAGCGGUAAAGAAAGUAUGGAUCCCAGAAGACAACGACGAAUUUGUUUGGAGCGAUGAUGAAGAUGACUUGUGGACCGGAAACGAAGCAUAUAUCGAUCAGUACCUCCGAAAUGUAGGAGCCGACCGGGAAACUGUAAUACGCUUUUCACCUACCGACGACGCCGCUGUUAACGAUGCGGUAUUGCAAAUGGUCAUCCCAACUGAUAUGGUAAACGAAAACAAGUUAGGUUUUUGGGCUCAGUGCUGGCCAACAGAUGAAGAGCAAGAUGAGCACACGGAAGAAACCCUUCAUUGGAAGGGAUGGAAUAUUGACAGAGAUCCUAGAAGUACGGACUGA